UGAAUAUUGAUACAAUGACCCGAAUAUCAAUUAUGCCGAUUGAAUAAUUCAUCGUUUCGAUUUUAAUAGAACAGUUACUGUUUUGAAAACUUAAUAAAUUGAAUGAAUUAUAAGUAAACGUUAUCCAUGGAUCUAAGUAAUGAUUUGGAAUAUAUGGAAAAAUUUUUAUCUCGAUACAAAGGAGGAGAAAUAACUUUAUUAAAAGACCAUUGGGACGAUGGUAUUGCGAUGAUUUGUAUAAAUCAUCAAGAGAAAAGGAACGCUAUUAGUGGAAAAAUGUUAACCGAUUUAAAUAAAUGUGUACGAGAAUUAGAAAGUUGGGUUGAUGGUAAAGCCGUUCUUAUAUUUAGCAAAGGAGUGAAUUUCUGUUCGGGAGGAGAUUUAGAUUUCGCAAGAAAAGAAAAUAAUCCAACAGCUGGUUUUUACAUGAGUUACUAUAUGCACGAUAUUCUGAAAAGAUUCAGAAAACUACCCCUAGUUAGCGUUACAUUAGUACAUGGGGUGACGGUAGGAGGAGGAGCUGAAAUAUCUGUUUUUUCCGAUUUUAUCUUGCUCGCCGAUGAUGCUAAAUUGGGAUUCGUCCAUGGGAAAAUGGGAAUAAUGACAGCUUGGGGAGGAGCGACUAGGUUAAUUCAAAUCGUAGGACAAAGAAAAGCUCUGGAGAUUUUGCUAUCGUCAAAAAUGUACAAUCCUGAAGAAUGCCUAGAAUUAGGCUUCGUUUAUAAAAUAGUAAAGACGGAUAAUAGGAUGGAAGAGGCACUGGAAUUUAUAAAAAGUCUGACUACAAUCGAUAGUUCUAUAACUCGAUCUUAUAAAGCGGUGGCAAACGUUGCGGUUGAGGAAAAUUUCAACACGCGUUUGGAAUUAGAAAGGAACGAAUUUUAUCCAAAAUGGGGCUCGGAUUUAAAUAAAGAAGCAUUACGAAAGGGAAUUAAACACGUCAAAAAAUAGAAAAUGUAUUUAUGUAUUAAUUGGAAAAAUAUAUUCAUAUAAUUAAAUAUGUAUGUUGAAAA